UUGCCUUAUCUUCUACCUUAAAUUUCCAAACCCAUUUUUCUUCAUUUCCAAACCAUUGAAAUCCUUGAGAUAUCAACUACAUCAUCUUCCUUUUCCUUCUGAAAAUUUUGAAUGCCAACAAGCAGGAUUCAUCCUCAAUUGUUGCCUUGAUUUUCGAUGAAGUAGAACCUUCAUCCCCUUCCUCUUGACUCAAACUCGUUCUUUCCUUUUCCUUCUUCUCUGUGCAGCAGACCCAGCCCUCACCAAAGCCACGAACACCACUUCUCAUGGUGGUUCUGCAACCCUAACCGGCGUCCCUCUUCUUGAUUCUAGCACUGGAUUCUCUGAAAUUUGUUUCGAUUGGGCAACAAUGUUCAUUGCAUUGCUUGAUUGUCAUGAGAAAACAGCCCCUGAACCGUCUUCUUUGUCUUCGACUUGAACAGCCUACUUCAUCAGAUUGUCAAAGAUACUAAACCAAAACAACAGCAGGUAAUCAUUAUGGAGAUCAAUAACAGCAAAAACAGCAGUACUGUAUUGUGGUUCUUCAAGGACAAAGGAUUUGAUGACAAAAGCAUCAAUGACAUGUUCAAAAGGUGCAAGCGGCUUGAAGGUUCGCAAAGAGAGAGGGCUUCCGAAAACUGGGCUUAUUUGAAAUCCAUUGGUAUCCAGGAGAGAAAACUUCCGUCCGUUGUUCUCAAAUGCCCGAAAAUUCUCACAUUCAGCGUGGAAGACACACUUGAACCUAUGGUUCAGUGUCUCAAAACUCUCGCUACAAAACAAGAAGAGGUUGCAAAUGCUAUUAUCAAAUUUCCCUACCUAUUUUCUCACAGUGCAGAAGGUAAGCUGUGUCCCAUCUUAGGUUUUUUUGAGGCCCUUGGGGUUUCCGAAAAGCAACUUGGCAAAAUGGUAUUGGUGAACCCUAGAAUCAUAAGCUACAGUAUAGAACCAAAACUUACUCAGUUUGUCGAUUUCCUCACCAAGUUAGGGCUUAAUGAAGAGGGUAUGAUAGGUAAAAUUUUAGUAAAGAACCCAUUUUUAAUGGGUUACAAUGUGGAGAAGAGACUGCAGCCUACUACAGAAUUUCUAAAGAAAAUCGGUCUGUCGAAAACAGAUCUUCAGAAAGUGGCUGUAAACUACCCUGAGGUUUUGUGUCGAGAUGUUAACAAAGUUCUUAAACCAAACUUCGAUUACUUAAGAACGUAUGGGUUUGGUGACAGGCAGAUAGCGGCUUUGGUAUCUGGUUACCCCCCUGUAUUGAUCAAAAGCAUAAAGAAUUCCUUGGAGCCAAAACUGAAGUUUCUGGUUCAAGUUAUGGGAAAAAGCAUUCAGGAUGUUGUAGAUUAUCCCGACUUUUUCCGACAUGGCCUGAAGAAGAGCUUGGAGUUGCGACAAAAAGUAUUGUCUCAAAGGAAUAUAGAUUGUAGCUUGAAUGAGAUGUUGUACUACAAUCGAAAGAAAUUCUGCUUGAAAUAUGGUACAACCUAGAAGAUCUGUAAGCUUUACAAACAUUUCUUCUUUGUUUUCAGUUCCUCAUAGUGUGUAAGCUUAAUUUCAGCUAUUUGUAGUUGUAGACUACUGUAAUAUGGCAUGCUAUAUCAACAUUGUGACUUUUCUCGGCAAACGAUUGUGCAUGAUCUAGUUUUAUACUUUACCUUAUGUCCUUCUGUAGGUAAAGUACAUUUGAGCUGUGAUAAAGUAAAAAUCGUUUGAAAGAAAUGAAACUUCUUGCUUGCCAAA